AUGCGUAGUUUUUGGAAUGAUCGAGUGCUGAAAGAUUUGACUUCGGUUUUCUCAUCAUUGGACUUAAGCAGUCGUGAAUCCAUCAUCGAUGCAUUGUUCUGUGGCUAUAACCCAUUUGAUCUAAACCAGUACAGUGUGGAAUCUGUGUCCGGGGCUGCAGCAGCCGCCGAUUACACUGCCGAUAGAGAAAGAAUGUACAAAUAUUUGCGAUACAUAACGCCGCGACGUGAGGAACGACACGUCAAGAAAAAACGCUUCUGUGGCAAUAUUACGGUUCAUCCAGAUUCAAAAUGCACAUUCCUGGAAGGUGCUGCACAGUCCCAGUUCAUGAUUUUGAUCAGUGGCUAUAUCCUGGUUGCGCCUGCCUCACCUGUUGUUCAUGAAUUCGUCCAGAAGAAUCUGGUGAGAUAUCUGAAGCUGCUGAAUGAGGCAGGCCUAAUCAAGACGGAACUAUUCGAACAACUCUCCGCCUUGUUGGCCACGAUGUUCGACUCCUCCGACGAUCCCUCAUCGCUUCUGAUGCUUGCAAAAUCGCUUUCGCUUUAUCUCGAAGAAAUUUUAAAAUGCUUCGUGUUCGAUCGUUUUGUGGUUGUUUCGGACGAGAAAGAACUAGUAGACCGGGCUCUUUGCCUAAUGGACUACCAACAGUACAUGACAGGCAUCGUCUUCCUUCAUCUCGAUGAAAAUUCAACGCAGUUUCCUUCCUCAGUAACCUACAAAAUUCGCCAUCCACCUAACUUUAUUGACUCAACAAAGGAUCUGAUGGAUUCGUUCGGCCAUUUGGUAUCACGAGACAAUUUCCUGGUUGAUAUGAAAUAUUUAACAUUCGGAUUCAGUUUUCUCCAAGAAUCCAUUGACAGGAUUUUGAUCGAAUCUAUUAGCGGACGCAAACACCGCACGGGACUCUAUGCGCAGCAGGAGCCAUACAAGUGUAUUAUUAUGGAUAAGUAG